GGCUGUCUCAUAUGACCACCAUUAACAAAGUUUUGCUCACGAGCCAAAAUAUCUGGUCUAAAAUUAGAAGGCACGUUUCAGUGGAGCGCACACGAGUUUGUCUUAAACGAAUAUUUCUUUUGAAAUUACGGCGCUAUAAAAGCAGAAGCUGAACAAGUGAAUUAAUAUUUUUCGGUUGAUGAGACGAGUUGAGAGACGAUCAAAGAAAGAUGCCAGAUUUUGGUUCAUGUGCGGUGUGCGGGAGUCCAGCUGAGAGUCGGUGCGCGGGGUGUAAAACAGCCCUGUACUGCAGCAAGGAGCACCAAAAGCAGGACUGGAAGACUCACAAAAUUCUCUGCAAACCUCCACUUUACAAGGAGUGCAGCAGUCCGGAACUGGGCCGCUACCUGACGGCCAGCCGCAACAUCGAGGGCGGCCAGACGGUGAUCACCGAGACGCCGAUCAUUAUCGGGCCCAAGCAGGUGACGCCGCCGGUGUGUUUGGGCUGCAUGCGUCCGGAGCCCAAGGCGCGCUGCCAACUGUGCAAGUGGCCCUUGUGCGACGAGGAGUGUCCCGGCUGGGACGCGAACCACGCCAUCGAGUGCGCCGCCCUCGUCAGGGCAGAGAAGCCGCUCUCCUUUACUGACCUCAGCAAACCCCACGCAGCCUACGAGGCCAUCACCCUACUGAGGCUUGUGCUGCUGCAGAAAAAAAGCCCUAAAAAAUGGAAAUUAAUUCAAGAAAUGAAGGCAAAUGAUUUAAAACGAGAGCCUUCUGCCGAGGAGAAGAAAAUCGUGCAGUUUCUCUUAAGCUACGUGGGCCUCUCGACGUGGGGCCCCACUUGGGACACGAGUGAAAAGACGCUGCACCAUUUAGCGGCCGUUCUGCAGGUGAACGCCCUAGACGUGCGAUUGCCCCACGGAGGUGAAGUAUUGGCCCUCUACCCGACCACCUCGUUCAUCGAGCAUUCGUGCAUCCCCAACGUCCGCAUCGUCUUUGAUCCUAUGUGCAGAAUGACUCUGAGUGCAUGCAAGGAUAUCAAGGAGGGCGAGCACCUGCAGACGAUGUACACGCACGCCCUGUGGGCGACCUUCCAGCGGCGGGAGCACCUGCACGCCAGCAAGCAAUUCUGGUGCCGCUGCCUGCGGUGCGCUGACCCCACCGAGUUGGGCACCAUGUUCGGCGCGAUGCGUUGCGUGGCGCCCGACUGCGGCGGAUUCCUGCUGCCGACGGCGCCACUGAAGGCGGGCGCCGACUGGGCCUGUACCAAGUGCGUCGGUCGACUCAGCGAGAAACAGAUCGCCGAUCUCACCGGACACCUCGGUCAGAUCGUGGACGAGGCUCUAGCACAACCCACUGAAAGCAGUCUAAAGGAAUUGUUAGAGAAGCUGAACGCCAUCACUCAUGAGAACCACUUCCGGCAGUACGCCGUGAAACACUCGCUAGUCCAACUGAUGGCCAAGUCUGCACCUACCAAGGACGAAUUGGCCGAGAAGCAGCAGCUGUGCGAGCAGCUACUCAGGGUGACGCAGACCCUGGACCCUGGCGGCGCCCGUCUCGCCAUCUACGAGGCCGUUGUCUGCUACGAGCUCAACAACGUGCUCAUCAUCAGGGCUCAGAGGGAGAGCGACGAGCAGCAGCAACUCUUGGCCAGGGCGAAACGCCUGCUGGAAAGAGUCGUCUACCUACUGAGAUUUGACGAGCACCUGCCGGAAGGGCAACUCGCCGCUGUGGCCAAGAAGAAAAUUGCAGAGAUCGACGAAAAUUUGAAAACAUCAUGAUUGGAAAUUUAGUUGCAAAUUUACAAAAAAAAAAUGAUAAUAAUAAAAAAUAAAUUUUGUUACUCUGGAUGA